ACCGAUCAAAACUCCGUCAAAUCGUCGUUUUAGAAUAUGGGAAAGAGAAAAGAGCGCCGGCUCGCCGCCAUGAGCGCCUCCAGUCGCAGAGUAAAGCUUGACCUCUUCGCGGAACCCUCUGGAGAUUUGGGUGGCUCUUCUCAAGAUGGAGUUGGAGGGGAUGAAGCUUCCAAAAAUCAAGCUGAGCUACCCAAUUCACCAUCAUCUUCAGGUGGGUUCUGUGAGUUUUCUUCAAAAGGACAUCUUUGUAGAGAAGACAUGAUGUGACCGCAUAAUAUUGGUGGAAAUUAUUGAUUUUCUUUGUACAAGACAUGUUGUUUGUUCCACAAAAGAUUAUGUUUUCAGUCUGUAACCAGGCUGUGGUAUUGGGAACUUUCAAUUGGCCAUCAGUAUACAUCAAGGCCCUGCCACAGUGAAUAUUGAAUAACUUCUUACCUUUCAUGUCCUUCUAUGGCGGCAUCAAAGGCUUGUGGAGAUAAAAUGAAGAGUAUUUUCUCCUCUCGGUCUUCAACAAGAGAAUCCUCUAAUGUUGCUUGGGCAGUAUAGUGAUGAUGAGUUGGAUGAGGGUUCAAGUGAAGGACCUAUACGUGCUGGCUCAGAGGACUCCUCAGUUGCCCAUGAUGACCAGGUAAAAUAGACAAGUAGUCUAUGCUGUAGUAGUUGUUCACUGAACGGAGCAGAGACAGACUGAUUGUGAGGUUGUCAUAGGUGCUAGUCCUUUCAUAUUCUAUUUCAUAUGAGGGGCAUAAGGCAUUGAUGGGAGUACUUUUUAGUGGGUGAAUGGAUUGGGACUUCAUUUCAUUACUCACUUGAGAUUUUUGUUUCCGAUCCUACUAUAAUACUAUUCCAAGUAGGGUGGUAUCGACCUAUCUGGGCAGGUGGAUUGCCUAUACUGUCCUUUAUCAAAAAGGAGAGAUAAAGAUAGGGAGGAAGAUAUGGAAAAGGGAAGUACCCUGAAUCUCAUUGGGAAUUAAUGGGCUUGCUAUUUUCCCAGUACUAAACAUCCUUACAAGGCUUAGCUUUUUACUCUUAUAUAAAUGCAAUUAUGCAUGCUUUAGAAUGUCUUGCUCUACUUGAACUUAAGAAUGGAAAGCUACUUGUCUGUCUGAUAUUACCAAAUCUAUAAUAAAGGUUUCCAAGGGAAAAGUAGCUUCUACAGAAGACAAGAAUGAUGCUAAGGGUGUGAUUGGCUCUGAUACUGCCAAGGUUGAAGAUGAAGCAAAAGAAAAUGGCUCUGCUUCAGAGAACUUUAUGCAGAGACCGGAAGAGGAUGAGCAUAAAGGAAAUGAUGCUAUAUACUCAGUUGAAAAGUUAAAAGAAAAGGAUGUGAUGAGUCAAAAUACUACUCUUGGAGCAUUUGAUGCGCAAGUUGGUGGUGAUGUAAUUUCGGGCUGGAAGGUUGUUUUUCAUGAAGAGAGCAAUCAAUACUAUUAUUGGAAUGUUUCAACAGGAGAAACAUCAUGGGAAGUGCCCAGCGCUUUGAUUCCAACAUCUGAAUUGGGGAAUGAAGAGAAAGCUACUGAUGGUGUUGAUGUGGAGGGUUCCAUGCAGAGAACAUAUGAAUCUCAUACAAAUUUGAAUGUAAAACCGGGAGAUUCUAACCCUGGAGAGACAGGUGAUGACUCUAAUGAUAAUAAUGAAUGCAAGAUGGAAAUGUUCAAUGAUGGAUUUAAAUGCAAUGCUCAGCCAGAGAAAGGAGUGGAUGAUGAUGCCAAGCUGAGUGACACGAAGAAAAUGUCUGGGCAACUUGAUUCCCGUCAUGAUAUUUCUUCUCCUGUGGGUUGUUCUUCCAAGCUAUCAGGGGACAUUCUUUUGGCUCAUUUAAGUGAAUCAUGUGAAGAUGUUGAGAAGCACAGAGAUGUGGUGACUGCUGGAGAAUUUGAUAUUGAGGCUGACUUUUCGUCUCACCUUGUGGUAUAUUGCGAAUCUCUAUUAGAGAAAUUGAAGGUCAUGCAAGGGUCUGAAAAAAGUUUGCAAAAACAUGAUCAAAUAUCAAAGUAUGUGCUAGAAGUUGAUAUCAGACUCGCUGAUAUUAGAUCUUUAGCAUGUAAUGGAUUGUCCUUGCUUCCAUUCUGGGUGCACUCUGAAAAACAACUUAAACUACUAGAAGCAGCCAUAAAUGAAGUUUGUGAGCAGUCUAAUUCCUUACGUGGCCAUGACGUUGAGGCUUUACAUACUUCACAACAUGAGAUUACUGAUGACACCAAAGUGGAUGCAAAUGAAAAGAUUGCCAUCCACCAUUGUGCUGCUGAGUACACUGGAAGUCCAGGGACCAGGAAAGAUGCCCAUGUUGAACCUUACCAUGAUGGUGCUUCUACAAAUUCUGGGAGCAAUACAAUUGAAGAAGGUGAAGUAGUUGAACUUGCAGAGCAUGAAGAGUUUGCUCCUAAAACAGUGCUUCUUCCUGCAGAAGAAGUUGACAUGGAUGUGGAUAUGGAAGUUGAAGAUGUAGGACCUCCAUGUGGUUCAAAAGUUGGGGAUGCAUCAGUUGGCCAAUAUCAUCUUGUGCCAGAGAAGGAUAUGGUGCCAGCCCUAUCAGCAAAUGAGGGAUCUUCAUUGCCAGAGAACACAUCUAAUGUUCCACCACCUCCCCCUGAUGAAGAUUGGGUCCCUCCACCACCUCCUGAUGAUGAGCCUUUUCCUCCGCCACCACCUGAUGAGCCACCCGAAACAACAUAUUCUCAGCCUUCUGAUUUGCCAUCAGUACAACCUUUUCCUUACACUUUAUCAUAUCCAGUUUCUGGUUAUGAAUACUAUGGCCAAAUUAACAAUGUUCCUCCCAAUAGUAACUUGUACUCACAUGCUGAGGGUCAGAUAACUGUUUCACAUCAACAGCUGUAUUAUGAAGCAGUACCGAAUCUGUACAGUUCUGAUCCAAUGGCAGUUAAUGCUGUUAAUCCUGGUGCCUAUUAUGGUUUUCAAGGCGGAGCAGCACACCAUGUUCCUUUAGUGGCUGCAGAUUCAUCUGUGCUUCCUAGUGGAUCUAUUAAUGGAAAAGCUAUUUCUGGUCAAAUUGGAUCAUUUGGCACACUUACUGAAGUGAGCUCUGUUUUGCCAAUUCAAAACACACCCAAUGGUGGUGUUGAUGUUGGGAGUUCAGGGGUAUCUUUAGGUUUUCCUUCUCAAACAUCCUUGCAAGGCACAGACACUAUCUUGCCUCCAGAGAACACUUUGGUCGCAUCCACUUCUUCUGCUACUUCUACAGCAACAGCUUCUAAUGUUCCAUCUAAAGUUGCUCGUAAAAAGAAGGGCACUGUUGCUGUAGGCUCGACAUUAAGGUCAAAUAAAAAAGUCUCCAAUUUGGUUGACAAGUGGAAGGCUGCAAAAGAAGAGCUGCAUGCAGAAGAAGAAGAGGAACGUGCAAGUGCAUAUGAAAUAUUAGAGAAGAAACGUCAACGAGAAAUUGAGGAAUGGCGUGCACAGCAGAUAGCCAGUGGAGAGGCUAAAGAUAAUGCUAACUUUCAGCCACUGGGUGGUGAUUGGCGAGAGCGUGUAAAACGAAGAAGAGCUGAAAAGAUGAAAGAGACUGAAAAGAAGCCCACUGAUGGUACUGAAGAAAAUCAACAGCCUGAUCUUAAUGCGUUAUCAAUAGGUCUUCCAUCUGGAUGGCAGGCAUACUGGGAUGAGUCGUCGAAACAGGUGUAUUAUGGAAAUGCUGCAACAUCGGAAACAACCUGGACUAGACCAACAACUUGAGAAAUGUGUUGUCAUUUUUGGUUUUGGUUGAUGCAUUAUGUGUGUUCUUGUAUUGUAAAUAUCAGAUAAUGUUACAUUCAUGCAACUUCCAAGUUUGAUUUGAUUAUAACCUUUCUUUCAAGUCCCAACUUCAUCUACUCUCCUUUUUUCCAUUGCCUAAUUUUGAGUUAAUAAGGCUGAGUAGUGGUCA